UACCCUUGAAAUCUUAAACUUGGAAGACCAAGGAGCUCUCUUGAGUGGUGAUGAGAUCUUUGCCAGUCGCCAGACUGGGAAGCACACCUGCAUGGCCUUGCGGAGAUACUUUGAAGCCCACCUUGCUAUCAAACUUGAACAGGUGAAGCAGUCACUCCAGCGCACUGAAGGUGGUGUUUUGGUCCAUCCACAGCCCCCGUACAAGGCCUGUUCCUACACUCAUGAGCAGAUUGUAGAGAUGAUGGAAUUCCUCAUCGAGUAUGGGCCAGCACAGCUCUACUGGGAGCCAGCGGAAGUUUUCCUUAAAUUGUCUUGUGUCCAGCUCAUGCUUCAGCUCAUUUCAAUAGCAUGUAACUGGAAGACGUACUAUGCAAGGAACGACACAGUGCGCUGUGCUUUGGAUGUGCUAGCCAUCCUGACUGUGGUUCCUAAAAUCCAACUACAGCUGGCAGAACCUGUGGAUGUGUUAGAUGAAGCUGGAUCUACCGUUUCCACUGUGGGUAUUAGUAUCAUCCUUGGAGUUGCUGAGAGUGAAUUUUUCAUCCAUGAUGCUGAGAUUCAGAAAUCAGCCCUUCAGAUCAUCAUCAAUUGUGUCUGCGGCCCAGAUAACCGGAUCUCCAGUAUUGGCAAAUUCAUUUCUGGAACUCCUCGGCGAAAGCUUCCUCAGGCCCCUAAGAGCUGUGAGCGUACACUGGCUAAGAUGUGGAAUGUAGUGCAGUCCAACAAUGGCAUCAAAGUGCUGCUGUCAUUGCUGUCUAUAAAGAUGCCAAUCACAGAUGCUGACCAGAUCCGAGCAUUAGCCUGCAAAGCCUUGGUGGGGCUCUCACGCAGCAGUACUGUCCGGCAGAUUAUCAGCAAGCUCCCACUCUUCAGCAGCUGUCAAAUUCAGCAGCUGAUGAAAGAGCCAGUGCUUCAGGACAAGCGCAGUGAGCAUGUGAAGUUCUGUAAAUAUGCUGCUGAACUGAUAGAGCAUGUCUCUGGGAAGCCAUUGCUGAUUGGCACAGAUGUCUCCCUGGCUCGGUUGCAGAAAGCGGAUGUGGUGGCUCAGUCAAGAAUCACAUUUCCUGAGAAGGAGCUGCUGCUCCUGAUUCGGAACCAUCUCAUCUCUAAGGGCCUAGGAGAAACCGCAUCUGUCCUUACUAAAGAGGCUGACCUACCCAUGACUGCAGCAUCCCAUUCAUCUGCCUUCACCCCCGUUGCGGCUGCUGCCUCUCCCGUGGCCCUGCCUCGCACUCCUCGCAUAGCUAAUGGCAUCUCAGCCCGUUUGAGUAGCCACACUUCUGUAGGUUCUGCUGCCACAUCUGUCCAUGCUCAGGCAAGGCCACCUGCAUCCCAAGGUCCACUUGCCCUUCCAGGCCCUUCUUAUGCCAGCAACUCUCCUCUGAUUGGCAGGAUUAGCUUUGUCAGGGAGAGGCCAUCUCCCUGCAACAGCAGAAAAAUAAGAGUGUUGCGACAAAAAUCGGACCAUGGCGCCUACAGCCAGAGCCCAGCUAUCAAAAAGCAGCUGGACAGACACCUUCCUUCCCCACCCACACUGGACAGUAUAAUCACAGAGUACCUUAGGGAGCAGCAUGCCCGCUGCAAAAACCCUGUUGCUACCUGUCCCCCUUUCCUCUCUUUACUCCCCACCAAUGUCCUGAGCCAAAGCAGAGGCGCCAAGCGCCAACUAACUUUACCUCACGGCUGACCCGCAGGGCAGCCUUUCCAAAGUAAGGAGGGGUGGAUGGUGGCUGCUUUGAUAGCCAUCUUAUAUUUAAGGAAGAAGGUAAGGAAGAAAAAUGUUUCUUGCUCCCUCUCAGAGCAUGCCCUAUGCCAAUAAGCCUUGCCUGAAAUCAGGCUGUGGAAUCCCACAGCGUAGCCUCCUUGGACAGACAAACUUUUUAAAUUCAGCAGUGGCAGAUGGCAGAGCUUUGCAAGGCAAUUUUAGAAGUUCCGUUUCUCUUAUACUAAGGGUCAGUACUAAGCAUACAAAACACACUAAUUUCACAGAAUCACAGAAAUGUAGGGGUUGGAAGGGACCUCCAGAGAUCAUCGAGUCCAACCCCCCUGCCAAAGCAGUUCCCUACACCAGGUCGCACAGGUAGGCAUCCAGGCAGGUCUAGAACAUCUCCAGAGAAGGAGACUCCACCACCUCCCUGGGCAGCCUGUUCCAGUGCUCCGUCACCUCACUGUAAAGAAGUUCUUGCGCAUGUUUGUGCGGAACCUCCUAUGCUGCAGUUUCCAGCCGUUUCCCCUUGUCCUGUCUCCACUCACCACUGAAAAGAGUCCGGCCUCGCCAUUCUGCCCCCCACACCUUAGAUAUUUAUAGACCUGGAUCAGGUCCCCUCUCAGUCUUCUUUUCUCAAGGCUGAACAGACCCAGUUCACUCAGCCUUUCUUCAUAAGAGAAAUGCUCCAGGCCCUUCACCAUCUUCGUGGCCCUCCGCUGGACUCUUUCCAAGAGAUCCCUGUCUUUUUUGUACUGGGGAGCCCAGAACUGGACGCAGUGCUCCAGACGAGGUCUUACCAGGGCAGAGCAGAGGGGGAGGAUCACCUCCCUCGACCUGCUGGCCACGCUCUUUUUAAUGCAUCCCAGGAUGCCAUUGGCCCUCUUGGCCACAAGGGCACACUGCUGGCUCAUGGCCGACCUGUCGUCCACCAAGACACCCAGGUCCCUCUCCGCAGAGCUCCCCUCCAGCAGGUCAUCCCCUGUGCCAGUACCGGUGCAUGCAAUUAUUCCUCCCCAGAUGCAAGACUCUACACUUGCUUUUGUUAAACCUCAUCCGUUUUUUUUCUGCCCAGCUCUCAGCCUGUCCAGGUCUUGCUGAAUGGUAGCAUGGCCUUCAGGCGUGUCAGCCAAUCCUCCCAACUUCGUAUCAUCAGCAAACUUGCUGAGGGUGGCCACCAUCCCCUCAUCAAGGUCAUUGAUGAAGAUGUUGAACAAGACCGGACCCAGCACCGACCCCUGAGGAACACCGCUGGUUACAGGCCUCCAACCAGACUCUGUACCGCCAACGAUGACCCUCUGCGCUCUGCCAGUCAGCCAGUUCUCAACCCACCUCACUGUCCACUCAUCUAUCCCACACUUCCUCAGCUUUGUUAUAAGGAUGUCGUGGGGGACAGCAUCAAAAGCCUUGCUGAAAUCAAGGUAGACUACAUCCACUGCUCUCCCCCCAUCCACCCAGCCAGAGAUAUCAUCAUAAAAGGCUACCAGGUUGGUCAAGCACGACCUCCCCCUGGUGAACCUGUGCUGACUACUCUUGACAACCUCCUUUUCCUCCAGUUGUCUAGAGAUGACAUCCACCACAAGCUGUUCCAUCACCUUUUCAGGGACAGAGAUGAGGCUGACUGGCCUAUAAUUGCCUGGAUCUUCCUUCUUGCCCUUUUUGAAGACCGGAGUGACAUUGGCUAUCCUGCAGUCUUCAGGCACCUCCCCCAUCCUCUAAGACCUCUCAAAAAUGACCGAAAGUGGUUCAGCAAUCACCUCUGCCAGCUCCCUCAGCUCCCAUGGAUGCAUCCCAUCGGGUCCCAUGGAUUUGUGAACAUCGGUGUUGCCUAGGCGCUCUCGCACCACCUCUUCCCUGACUGAAGGAAGGUCUUCCAUUCCCCAGAACCUUUCACUAACCUCCAGGGUCUCAUAUUCCUGAGGGGGAGCUUUUUCACUGAAGAUAGGAGCAAAGAAGGCAUUCAGUAUCUCCGCCUUCUCAGCAUCCCCUGUUACCAGAACACCUCCGUCACUUAGCAGGGGAGCCACAUUCUUCCUAGUCUUCCUUUUACUGUUAACGUACUUAAAAAAAAAAAAAAAAAAAAAAAAAAAACAAAACCUUUUUUAUUAUCCUUUAUCCCCUUCGCCAAAUUAAAUUUCAGGUGGGCUUUAGCCUUCCUCGUCGCAUCCCUGCAGGCCCUGACAACAUUCCUAUAUUCUUCCCAAGUGGUCAGACCCUUUUUCCACAUUUCAUGGGCCGCCUUCUUUCCUUUGAGUUUGCGCACGAGCUCCUUGCUCAUCCACACAGGUCUCCUGUCACCCUUUCCCGAUUUCUUCCUCACAGGGAUGCACUGAUCCUGAGCUUGGAAGAAGAGCUGCUUAAAUACCGACCAGCUCUCACAGGCCACUUUACCUUCUAACACUCUAGCCCAUGGGAUAGCUCCAAGUAGGUCCCGGAAGAGAUCAAAGUUGGCUCUCCUGAAGUCCAGGGUAGCAAUCCUACUUUUUGCUUUACUUCUUCCACUCAGGAUCUUGAACUCCACCAUCUCGUGGUCACUACAACCCAAGCUGCCCCCGACCUUUACUUCCCUGACAAGCCCUUCUCUAUUAGUGAGAAUAAGGUCCAGCAGUGCCCCUCUCCUUGUCGAUUCCUCAACCACCUGCAUCAGGAAGUUGUCAUCAACACAUUGCAGGAACCGUCUGGAUCGCGCGUGCCUGGCCACAUUGCUUUUCCAGCAAAUAUCUGGAUAAUUGAAGUCCCCCAUAAGCACCAGCGCCUGGGAUCGUGACGCUACUUCCAGUUGCUUGUGGAAGGUCUCAUCAACCUCCUCCUCCUGAUCGGAGGGCCUGUAGCACACUCCCACAACAGUGUCAGCCAUACCAGCCUGCCCCUUGAUUCUCAUCCACAAGCUCUCCACUGAAAUAGGUAUAAGAUGGUUCCCUUGGCUUAAGAGGCCGAUAGGGCCUCUUAAUUAGUAAUUAGUGUGAGGUGAUAAGGCAUUCACGUGGUAGGUGUAGUACAGAGGAUCGCACUGGACACUUUCAUAGCUUAAAUUCAUUAAUAGAGUAUUGCACUUCAACGUUUUGGGGUUGCAUGUAACUUCUGCCUGUCUCAUUAGCUGAUAUGUUAAUGCUGAUACAAUUCUGCUUCAGUUUUGGCAGAGGAUGCACGGCUCAGCGCUGUUAAGAGAGCUCCCAAAAUGCUCGAACUGGAGUUGUCCAGGGGCAGAGCAGAGCGACGGUUCAGGGCAGUAAUUUCAAUAGCUAUUCCCAUAACAGAACUCAAUGGUACCUAACAGUUACUUCAGUGCUUUGCAGAACACUGCAGAUUACAAAAUGUCCACGUGUGUAUGUUGUUAAUGGAUAGAGCCAUUUGGGAUUUGGUAUUGCAGCAGAGCUCCCUGUUUUUCUCUGUUUUGGUUGAAUCUCCCUACACAAGUGUGCUUCAAAAUAAAUAGUUCAAAAAACAA